AUGGGAAGCACUGUAGGCAGCGCAGGCCACGACGCUUUUGGCGAACGUUCAGUCCGCACAAACACGGAUGCUGUAGCGAUUGACCUUCGACGACAGGCAUUAGCAGACCGUGGCUUGAAAGCACAUUUCAAAACACCGACAACUCCUGAUGUGACCUCGGGUAUCGCGACAGCAGUUCGGACUGUCAUAGCUGCGGCAUCCCUUUCCCCGUCGCAAAUCGCCAGUGUAACAAUCGGAACCACUCAUUUCAUUAAUGCAGUGGUUGAGAGAGACGCGCGCCGCCUGCGCCGUGUCGGAGUCGUACGACUUUCUAGGUCCUUCUUGCGCGAGGUUCCGCCCUUUGCGGAAUUUCCAUCUGACUUGAAGCGUAUUCUUCAAGGACAUGUUGGCAUCGUGGAUGGUGGACUACACAUCGACGGAAGCCAAGAAGCUCCAGUCGUCGAAACACAGGUUGUCCGAGAAUGUGAGGCCAUCAAGAAAGCGGGACUUAGCGUAGUAGUUGUUGCAGGGGUUUAUUCACCCAUCGACGAGGUGUUUCAACAGGAGAGCAGAGUUCGGGAUAUAAUUCUGCGAGAAAUCCCAGGCAUUGAUGUCGUAUGCUCGAGGGAGGUCUCACCUCGAAUCGGUUUUAUCGAGCGAGAAAACGCCGCAAUCUUGAAUGGAGCGAUCUUGAAAUAUGCCAGAAGAACGGUACGACAGUUCAAACUGGCCAUGAAGAAACUCAACCUCACGUGUCCGCUGUUUCUUACACAAAACGACGGCACAAUCCUUGAUUCCUCAUCUGCAACGAGAAUUCCGAUUAGCACGUUCUCUUCCGGCGCUACCAACUCGAUGAGAGGCGCUGCAUAUCUUGCCGGCAUGGACGGCCGUGGUGGUUCUUCUGCUAUCGUCAUUGAUAUUGGAGGGACUACAUCAGAUGUCGGUGUCUUGCUCCCGUCUGGGCUACCUCGACAAGCUGGUUCUUAUGUAACGGUUGCCGGUGUUAGGGUCAGCUAUUCAAUGCCACACCUACAUUCUAUCGGGCUUGGAGGCGGCUCGGUAGUCCAAGUUAUCAACGAUAAUGUGCGAGUAGGCCCGGAGUCCGUUGGACUUGAAUUGACUUCCCGCGCGCUGGUCUUUGGAGGAGACGUAUGCACAACUACCGAUGUCUGCGUCGCAUCUGGAAAGGCGGAAGUUGGCAACGCAAGUUGCGUCAAAAGUAUCGAUCAAGCACUCUUGCUGCACGCCAAUGCGAGAAUCAAGGCCCUGUUGGAAGGGGCAAUCGAUGUGGUCAAAACAUCGCCCGAGCCCCUUACAGUCCUUCUUGUUGGUGGAGGGGCUGUCUUAGCCCCAGAACAUCUCGAAGGGGCUUUGAAAAUCAUUCGGCCUCCCUUUAACGACGUGGCGAAUGCGGUUGGUGCAGCCAUCGCCAGAGUUGGUGGCUCGGUGGAUAUCGUUCAAGGCACCACGCAUCAGACGGAGCUACAAGCCGUUGAUCAUGCCAAGACUCUUGCCAUCCGACGCGCAGUAGAUGCUGGAGCUCUUCCUUCAAGUGUCCAGAUCGCAGAAGUUGACAGCAUGCCACUACAAUAUGUUGCGAAUCAAAUUCGUACAAUCGCGAAAGCCAUAGGUGAUAUCGACAUGAACUCUAAGAUCGAAGAAUCAGCUGCAGACGAAACAGAGAAGGACCAAGACGCAGAGCCUGAGGAAGCCAAAGAUCUUGACGUCAAUAUUUCGACUGAGACAGUCGUGGAUCCCUUCACUUAUAAGCCUGAGAUUUGUACAGGAACUCGAGGGAUUUCAGAAUGGAUUUUCAGCGAAACAGACAUUGACUGGUUAGCGGAUGGAUGCUACGUUUUGGGAUGCGCUGGUGGUGGAAGUCCAGCUGCUUCCCAGAUACAGCUCAAGAGGAUGCUCCGCGAAGGUCACAAAAUACGGGUCAUUGAUAGUUCAUCCUUAAAUGGCGAUGCUCUGAUAUAUUGGGGUGGUCAUAUGGGCUCUCCGGCCGUUUCAGUCGAACGGCUACAGUCAAUAGAGACUGUCUAUGCGUUCCAGGAGCUGAUGAGAUACAUGAGACACGACACCUUUGACGCUGUCAUGGGCCUCGAAAUCGGCGGUGCGAACGGUAUGGAACCGUUCUUAGUCGGGUCGUCUCGGUUUUUUGAUGCACCUGUCAUUGACGGGGAUUGGAUGGGCCGAGCAUAUCCAACAUAUUGGCAAACAACUCUUGCAGUACACAAGCCCCUCGAGCUCACUCCCUGUGCUAUAGACUCCGGAGACGGGAAAACUAUCAUCAUGACUCGUGCACCUGAUGACGAGAUCGUCGACCGCGCUUUGCGAGCUUCUUGCUCGGAAAUGGGAUCUCGCGUAGGCAUGGCUGCAAAACCAACUUGCACUGAGUUUGUUCGUAAGUAUGGGGUACUCAAUACUGUUUCCCAGGCUUGGAGGAUAGGUAGGAGCAUAGCUCAAGCUCGAGCCGCCAACCGACUAUCCUCUGUUGCAGAAUCAAUUAUCGCAGAGGCUGGCGGUAAAGAUGCUGCAAAAGUAUUGUUCCGGGGGAAGAUCACAAGAGUGGAGAGACGCCUAUUCAAAGGCCACUCUUAUGGUACUGUCUACAUUGCUGCAUUCUCUCGGGGUGAAGAGAUUGAUUCUUCUACAAACUCCACCAUCCUAGCGGAAGGAGGGGAACUGCAGAUUCCUUUCAAGAACGAAAAUAUAUAUGCGAAGCAUGUCGGUAAUGAUGGGGAUGAAACGAUUCUCGCAUCAGUUCCUGAUCUUAUUGCCGUCUUGGACAACGAAUCAGGCAAGGCACUUGGGGUUCCAGAGUUCAAGUAUGGAUAUGCUGUCACUGUGAUAGGAAUUACAUGUUCUCCAAGAUGGACUGAAACACCUAGAGGACUGGACAUAGGGGGCCCAGCGGCGUUUGGGUAUGAUGACAUCCAUUAUCGUCCGCUCGGCACCUACGUGGAACCGAAAAGCGUGAUUGAAGAGUUUAAAUAG